GAUGCCUAUCAAUACAUUGCAAAACGGAUCGGCAGUCCAGGAGGGCGUCCACCACUGGCCCAAGAAUAUCGGCAUUUUAGCCGUUGAUAUAUACUUUCCCAACACUUUUGUCGAUCAGACAGAUCUCGAAAAGUUUAAUGGAGUGGGAGAAGGAAAGUACACAAUAGGCUUAGGUCAGCAUCAAAUGGCAUUUUGCACGGACAGGGAGGACAUCAACUCUAUAUGUCUGACUGUCACUAAAUCAUUAAUGGAUAAGCACUCGAUAUCACCCAAAGAUGUGGGCUUUUUGAUGAUCGGAACCGAGACUAUAAUCGAUAAAUCAAAAAGUGUUAAAACUGUUUUAAUGGAUUUGUUCGCUGAGAGCGGCAACACUGACAUUGAGGGCAUUCACGCGACUAAUGCCUGCUAUGGCGGCACUGACUCUCUGUUUCGGGCCUGGGAUUGGAUUGAGUCGAGUUCGUGGGACGGCAGGUAUGCCAUUGUCGUGGCCGCAGAUAUUGCUGUUUAUGCCAGCGGUCCGGCCAGACCUACAGGUGGUUGUGCAGCGAUUGCAAUGCUUGUGGGCCCGGACGCGGCCAUCGUGUUUGACCGGAAGGUUAGAUCAACAUAUAUGGCACACGUCUAUGACUUUUAUAAACCCGAUUUGAGUUCGGAAUACCCGACAGUGGACGGACCCCUUUCCAACAUGUGUUACCUACAGGCGCUCGACAAAUGCUUUCAGUUAUACUUCGAGAAAGCGAACAAACAGUCGAAGGGAACGACACUCGACAGCUUCGGUGCCAUCGUAUUUCACGCCCCGUAUUGUAAACUCGUCCAGAAGUCGAUCGCUCGACUCGUUCUUCUCAAUUAUCUGCAGAGCUCUGAAAACCAGUCCAACGAUUGCUAUAAACCACUGGAAAACUAUAAAAAUAUCAAACUGGAGGAGACGUAUAACGACAGAGAGUUGGAAAAGCUAUUACUGACUCUAAGCAAGAAAACGUUUGACCAGAAAACAGACCCGAGUCUGAUGUUGGCGCGCACUGUCGGCAAUAUGUAUACGGCAUCACUCUAUGGAAGCCUUAUCUCAUUAUUAUUGAGUGAACCGGCCGACCGUUUGGCAAAUAAGAAACUCCUACUAUUCUCUUACGGGUCAGGUUUGGCGGCAUCCAUGUUCUCAGCGCGAGUGACAUCGGACUCAGCGGUCCUCUCAAAACUGCUCAAAGGAAUCGCUGAUAUUCCCAACCGAUUGAGUCUUCGUCAUAAAGUGUCGGCUCAAGUGUUUGAAGACGCGCUCAAUCUUCGCGAGAAGACGCAUAACAGCGCGCCAUAUAAGCCGAUCGGACCGCUCGACCAGCUAAGCACCGGUACUUUUUUCUUAACGUCUGUCAGUGAGAAAUAUCACCGAAUUUAUGAACGCAUUUCCAGCGAUGAGAAGAAUAACAAAUCCAAAUGAAAUGAUAGCAACCAAUGAUUGUUUGAUUAAAUAGUUUUUUAAUAUAAGAAUGAAUUUUACAACAAAUAGUGAUAAAAGAG